AUGGCAGACAAGAUUGCCUCCUCCACCGUUGUGAAUGACGCCGUCUCCAAGGUGCUCGGGCUCGCAACCGAGCUCAGCAACAUCACUUGGGAAGCCCAUCAUACCGAUCCAGGUUGCCCGGAGCCAGUCAAGCUUGCUUUCCCUCCAAUCCAACAGCAACUGCAUGCCGCCGUCGCCGGGCUUAGCCUUGGCAGCCCCGAUGUUGUUGCUACAGUCGGCGGCGCUCCAGCCGAAUCCGAGCCGGACCUUGCCCAAUCCUGCCGCAAGAUUGGUCUCGAUCUUCUCCUCCGGCUCGAGCGAAUCGAUAAAGCCGUAGGAGAAUCUCAAGACUCUGCUUUGCAUCUUGACACCUCCAAACUUUCUGUGCUUUGGACAUUUGAUGAUGUGAAGGCCUUGAGACAGCGGCUUGGAGACUUGCUGUUGCAAUGGCAGCCUUCAGCUUUAGACAGCAGCCGGUUCACAUUGUCUACCUUGACCCUCGAAAAUGGCAUUGAGGAGACAAAAGAAAUUGAGCUACCGAGCCAAAGUGACCCUACUCCAGCUCAAAAAACAAAGAGCGCCAAAGAUCUUUUUUCAAAGCCGAUACCCAGCAGUCGCCGUCCUCGAGUUCCCCUCAACAUUCUCUACGACUUCAUUCUGGAGGGGCUGGCUUAUAAAAGCAUGCAUGACCGAGAGCAAGAGAUCACCAAGGCACAUUUCCAAACCCUAAACUGGAUCUUUGAGGACCAACUCGAAGAUGCGUCCAGGCGACAGGUAUCGCAAGCUUUGAAUUCCUGGCUUCGCACAGAUGAUCUGGGGCCCAUUUAUUGGAUCACCGGAAAGCCAGGUUCGGGCAAAUCUACACUCACCCAAUUCUUAUUUCAUCAUCCCAUCGCUACUGCUCUUCUGAAGAAAUGGGCAGGAGGAGACACCCCAAUCAAGGCUGGCUUCUUCUUCUGGACCAGCGGGUCAAGAGACCAACGAUCCCAGGCAGGGUUGCUGCGCUCUUUGCUGUACCAACUGUUAUCGGAGAACCUUGAACUGAUCCCAAAAACGUUCCCCGACCUCUGGGCCAAGCUUCUCAAUACAACUACCAAGGAGAGAAUCAUGAUGGUCCUAGACUGGCCCGUGGAAGAUCUGAUGAAUGCAUUCCAUGCUCUGCUAAAAGUUGCCAUAGAGCAGAAGACGAAGAUCUGUCUGUUCAUUGAUGGCCUAGACGAGUUUGAGGGAAAUCACCAGACCAUCAUCGAUUUCUUCAAAGAAAUCAGCUCGGGGCCCAAUGGCAAGUCACUCAAACUCUGCCUCUCAUCGAGACCCUGGGCAGUGUUCGAGCAAGCUUUCGAGACUGCUGUCCCAAACCUCAAGCUCCAAGACGUCAGCGUCGGCGACAUGUUCUCCUACGCUCUUGAGAAAUUGAACAGCCAACGUUCUACCCGUGAAGCACUGGCGAAAAUGGGUGAAGGAGGCGUCCAUUUCGUCAACGACAUGGUGCAGCGAGCUGACGGCGUGUUUCUCUGGAUCAGGCUCGCGGUCAACCGGCUGCACGAGAACUUUGAUGACCAUUCUGACCCCGGCAAGCUCAAUUCCAUUCUGCACUCCCUGCCGACAGAACUAGACGCGCUCUUUACCAAAUUCGUUUUCGAAGACCAGGCCGCGUCUCAGAUUGCCGAGACUGCCGCCCUGUUCGAGCUCAUCCGGGCGCGCGAGAUCGUCGCUAGCUUUCUCCACGAUGAGUCCUCAAACUCGUUGACAUCGUGGGAGCUCAUAUUUGCCCUUGAUGACUCUGACGACGGCAAGGCUUUAGAGUUGGAGGUCGAACAGGUAUUCUACGAAGACAUAAAGAGUCGCUGCAAAGCCCUGGCACAUCGAAUCAACCGACGCUUUUCUGGUCUGCUCGUCCUCCAUGAACGCAGACGGGGCGGUAACCUAAGAACAACGAAGGAAGCCGCGUUAGCGGAGAGAAGAGUGACCUACGUCCAUCGCACAGUGAGAGAUUGGCUGAUGGAGGGCGACGGGGUCCAGGCUCGUCUGGUCGGACAGAGACCAUCUCAUUUCGACCCGCACCUGCGCCUUCUCCGCUCGUACAUCCUGCGAUUGAAGCAGCCGGUGGACGAGAUCGAGAAGCACCGCCGUCUUGACGACUGGUGGCCCGAGAUAGCGCUUGCCAUGACGCACGCGAGGUACAUUGGGAACGACCCUUCUGGCCUCCAGCGCCCGUUCGUCAAUGAGAUGGAGAAGACGCUAUCGUGGUACUGGCAGGCGAAGCCAGACGAUGCGUUUGACCACUGGGCGAGAAACGCCUUUGGCCCGUACGAGAUCCGCGCAAAGGCGGCGCCCAUAUGGCAGCCAUUCCUAUGCCUUGCGACCAAGUUUGGGCUCACGCGGUAUGUAUGCGAGGAGGUCGCCACCCGGAUCCAGCAGGCUAGAGAGCCCUUCACGGACGAGGAGAUCCUAGAGAUGGACAAGGCGACUCCGCUGCUCACCCACGCGGUCGAGUUUCUCUGCUCCCGUAACAAGACAAUCUACCCGGUCUCUGACCCGGAAAUGAUUAAAGGAUUAUUGGGGUUGCUCGGAACCUCGAGCCCCGUCAAUCGGGGGCCUAAUCAUGUGUACCAAGACUUCAUAACCGGGAAGCCGAACACGCCGUGGCUAGCGACACUGCGCGGCUUGCGAGAUGCGCGUCGGAGAGAGUGGAUUGACUACUACGACAUCGACCCGCAGGGGACUGCACGCUGGGCCGAGAUUGUCCGUCUGUUCUUUGAAGAUGGCGGUGCGGACGUCAAUGCGGUCAUCCUGAGGGACGCUUGGGAUCCCGAGAUCACUGCAAUUGGAGUGCUGGAGUUGCUGGAUGAGACCUACGGGGCGGUAGAGGUGAGGAGGCUGUGCGAGGGCAUGAUGGCCAGGAUUUCGCAGGUACAUGGUAAUGGUGUGUGA